GCGCAGUUCAGCGCGAAUGCCAGAAAUAUAAAUACUUUCUUCUCUUUCCCUGUUUUAAUUUCGUUCCUCUGGAGAGAAGAACGAGAAGAAGCAUAAACAUAAGAACCAAGACCAAAACAGUUUAAGCUUCGUUUUGGUGCUAAACCCUAACAAUGGCGACCUCCUUAGCCUCGCAAUUAGAAACUCUAAGGUCCUUCGCGAAAGCCGACGCCGAGCCUCUAAAGAGGCCGUUCACUCGUCCUUCAAUAUUGUUCGAUCCCAAAGAAGCCGCCGACAUCGAUAUCGAAACUCUUUUCUCCAUCGCUCUUGAAGGUUUAGAGGUUCUUAUUGGCAAGGAUGAGCGGUUUAGGAAUUAUAAAAACGAUUUGUUUAGCCACAGGAGUAAGGAGUUGGAUAGAGAGUUGUUGGGAAUAGAACAGAACAAUCAACUUAAUGUCUCCAUUGCUUCGUACUUAAGACUGCUUUCUGGAUAUUUUCUUCUUCGGCCUGCUCUUAAAACGAUUGAGUACUUGAUACGUAGACACAAGAUUCAUGUGUACAACGUCGAGGAAUUGAUUUUGUGUUCUUUGCCGUACCACGACACACAUCCAUUUGUUCGAAUAGUACAGAUACUUGAUACAAGGAAUACUAAAUGGGGGUUUCUUGAUGGUGUUAAAGCGUCUGGUGCACCGCCGCCUAGGAUGGUCAUCGUGCAGCAGUGCAUCCGUGAUAAAGGCAUAUUAGAUGCUCUAUGCAACUAUGCAUCUCCGUCUAAAAAGUCUCAACCUUCAAGGCUUUUUAUUGGUUUUUGUACUGCUGUUUUUGUUGAGGUUUUGGGUACUGUUGUAACUGUAGACGAUGAUCUUGUAAAGAGGAUACUUCCUUUUGUGGUAUCUGGUCUUCAGCCUGGCACUAAUGGGGUUUCAGAUCACAAGGCUGGUUCUUUGAUGAUCAUUGGUUUGCUUGGAAACAAAGCGGCAUUAGCUCCCAAACUUUUGAAUGGUUUGAUACGUUCAGUUGCUGAGGUUGCUCGUGGCGAGGCUAUAGAGAUGACAGAUAUCUAUUGGUUUCGAUUGUCCCUUAUUACCUUAAUCAAUCUUGUUCAGUUUCAAAAUGUUGAAAUACUCCCAACGAAGGCCUUGGAGGUUUUAAAUAAAAUAAGGGACCUGGCAGGGGUUUUAUUAGAAUUAUCUAAGGAGUUCAAUAUUGAAAAGUUUCUUCGUGUGCUUUUGGACUCCCUGAUUGACUGCAGUUCUGAUGAAUACUGUCAGCAGACUUUGCUAUCCUUGGUAGAAAUUGUCCCCAUAAACAGUUUUGUUUCUCAUGUGGUCACAACGAUUCUUUCAACUUGUGUGAAAUUAUCACAAAAAGUUGGUGACUCGACUUCUUCCAUGUCAGCUGGCUGGGCGAAGAAGAUUCUGAUUAUUUUCAACACAAAGUACCCUUCUGAACUACGUGGUGCAGUUCAUCAUUUCCUUCAGGAAAACAAAGUUCGUUCCAAGAAAGAUGAUUCAUUGUAUAAGGUUUUGUGUAAGUUGUUAGAUGGAAAUUUGGAUUCUGCACUUGAUAUCUCAGACUCAAAAGUUUGGUUUGGCCUGUAUCAUCCGAAGGCUGAUGUUCGUCGUGCUACACUGCUUGAUUUAGAUUAUUCUGUUAUCCCGGAAACCAAGGCUGGUUCAAAGAAUCUUAUAAACGUUCAAGAGGCCAUAUUAAGACUGCUAGAUGAUAAAGAAUUAACAGUUGUUCAAGCAGCUUUACGUGUUGAUGGCUUGCCAAAUGUAAUAGAUUCUUCUAAGCUUCUUGAUGCACUACUGAAUGUGCUAAAAAGAUGCAUGGACAAACUGCUUUCAGGUUCUGCUGAUAACGACAGUCUAAAUGGUGAAGUUGCUCUCACUUGUUUAAAGAAGACUAUCUCUUACUUCAGUGAUCAUUCUGAUUACUUGAAAAACGUUGCUGCUAUGAUUUUUCCAUUACUCAUUGUUCUACCCCAGACACAGAGCUUGAAUUUAAGGGCUUUGGCACUAGUCAACAAAAUCAACUGGCCACUUUAUAAGAAUGUUUCCAUGGCUUCGUCUGGAGAAGUGGCAUCGAUAGCUGGAAGUUUAUCUUCAAUUAACUUGAAUAUUGUCAAUAAAAUGGCUGAAAAUUUCUUGGUCCAUCCUGAAGAGCAUGUUAUAUGGUUUGUGGAAUGCUGCAGUGAUUUAGAGUUGUCAAAGACACUCUUCAUUUUUGUUCUCUUGCAGUCUCUUUGUAUAAAACCAAAAGAUGAAGACAUUUGUGCACUAUUUGAAUGUCUAUUUCCUAUACUAAAGGCUGAGUGGGAAACUCAAGUAGCUGCUGAUGUCGUAUUGGAUGAGUUCAAUUCUGAAAUGCUAGAGUGGGAGUGCAAGGAUUUCUUUAAAGAUCUUUUGUAUGCCAAUCUAAGGCCUAUUAACGUGAAGGUUAUGAUUUGCAUAUUUUGGAGGCUGUUAGAACUACUACUAUCUGUAGCACCUUCUGACAUUCUGCUGCGUGAUGGUGAUAAGUGGGUCAGCAAGAUAAGGAAUUUGUUUGUUUUUUUUGCCUCCUCAAAAUUGAAGCAUGCAUUUCGUAAACACCUCCAUCACUUAGCAGUGCAGUGCAGAAUAUCUCCUUCUUGUCUCUUGUCCAAGUUUUUCACAGAGGAAGGUGUUUCUGCUGCAGUCCAGGUUGAAAGUCUUCAAUGCUAUGCAUAUCUUUGUAGCCUGGAACCAGAUAAUUGGAAACUUGGACUUUUAGCUGAAUUCCCUUCUGUUCUUGUUCCUUUAGCGAGUGAUACUCAGAAUAUAAGGGUUGCUGCCAUGGACUGUAUUGAUUCAUUGUACACAUUGUGGUGUCAUUUUGAGCAUGCUGGCAAGAAAAAUGGGAACAAUGCCUCAUGGUUCCAUUUCGUGGGCGAGCUUCUCUCCCUGAUGAGUCAGCUGAAAACAUUCAUAUUAUCCGACAAGAAAUUUCUUCCUUCACUAUUUGCAUCCGCUUUGAGCUCAUCCUUUACAAACAACUUGGAACAUCAAAACAUUUUGGUACCUCAAAAUGUUGAAAAAAGGUUUGAUCAGCCUACGAAAACAAGAAUCAUAGGCUUCAUUUUGGGUUCCACGCUGAAACUCUCUAACUAUGGAAAGCUAAUGAUUUUAUCCUUGUUCAAAGGAAUUGGGAAUGCCCUUAUGAAUGUUCCAGAAGUUGGUUCUUUGUUGUUCACUUUUCUUAAGCAAUACUAUGAAGAGCUCGGUCUGUCUUGUCCAAAAUUGUCAGACAAUGAAAUUCAGAUAACGAGCCUUUUGCUGGAGAGCUGUGCUAUGUCAUCUCCCUCUGGUGGAAAUGAUCUACAAGAUCUUUUACUGAAAGCAUUGCGGUUUGGGGGCCUGAAUUCGGAUGACCCUGCCUGUGUAAAGCCUUGUAUCACUGUUUUGAACAAACUCAACAGUAAAUUCUAUGUGGAGUUGAAGAAUGAAGUGAAGGAGCAUUUGUUUUGUGAGCUUGUGUUUCUGUGGCAUAAUGGUAAUGGUGAUGUACAACGUGCAACUAAAGAGGCAUUAAUGCGUAUAGAUAUUAGUUUCUCAACUGUUGGCUACAUGCUUGACCACAUACUUGCACCGAAGAGUUUUAAAGUUAUUUCUUCAAAUAAAAAGGCUGUGAAGAAAAAAAAAUUGGUUGGACAUCAAGAAGCUGAAGAUCCUUCUAAUAGCAUAUGGAGAAGAGAUAAUCCAUUCUAUAUCCUUAGUUCCCUUCUUGAUGUUUUGCUAUUGAAGAAGGACAUAACAAAUAGGCAUUUACUGUUAGGACCCUUAUUCAAGCUUCUUAGCAAGGUAUUUUCAGAGGAAUGGGUGAAUGAGUCCUUUAUCCCUGUGCAAAGGUUAAGCCAAAAAUCAAGUCCUUCCGAAGCCAACAAUAGCACAAUAUAUCAUAUUCAACAGACUCUAUUGAUAAUCCUGGAGGAUAUAAUUAUUUCUCUUAAAAGCAUUGCCUCACAGAAUGAAAAGAUUAAAAGUGAAAUUAACAUUAAGCUACUGAUAAAGUGUGCCCAGAACUCCGAUGUUAUCACCCGCAACCAUAUAUUUUCUGUUCUUUCUGCUAUUACUAGAGUUUAUCCAGAAGAAAUUUUGGAGUAUAUGCUCGAUAUUCUUGUAGUUAUUGGAGAAGCAGCCGUCACACAGAUUGAUGACCAUUCAAGGAUUGUUUUUGAGGAUCUUAUAUCUGCAAUUGUUCCUUGUUGGCUUUCUAAGACAGAUGAUGUGGAGAAACUACUGAAGAUUUUCAUGGAAAAAUUUCCUGAAAUUGUUGAACACAGAAGGCUAUCAUUUGUGUUAUAUUUGUUAAGAACUUUAGGUGAGGGGAAAAGCUUAGCGUCGUUGCUUAUCCUACUUUUCCGUUCGUUAAUUUCAAAGAAAGCCAGUUGUUUUCUUAAUGCCGAGACAGCGGAUGAUUUAACAUUUUAUACUAGGGAGUGGGAAUAUAGAUUUGCAGUGCAAAUUUGUGAACAAUUUACGAGUAAGAUUUGGCUUCCUUCUCUGGUCAUGCUACUUCAACAGAGGGUAAAUAGAGAUGUUGACCAGACACAGUUCCUGGAAAUGUUUAUUGUGAUGCAAUUUUCUUUGCAAAAGUUGCAAGAUCCAGAGUUUGUGUUUAAGUUGGAAUCAAGAGAAGAUGCCGUUGUCAUUCAGAAGGCAUUGGGUGAGCUCAUGGAGCAGGUUGUUUUAUUUUUGCAACUUGUAGAUGCAAGAAAAAAGCAACUGAACAUCCCUGUAAUUAUGAGGAAGGAGUUGAAGGAAACUAUGCGUGCUGUUAUAAGGAAUCUAACAGCAGUCAUGAUACCUUACGUGUACAUUAACAGCGUAAUUAAAUUGCUCCACAAUGCAGAUAAAAAUGUCGGGAAGAAGGCUCUUGGACUGUUAUGUGAAGCUGCAAGAAGUCAUAAAAAUGUGAGCUUAAAGCUUAAAGACAAUAAGGGUUCUAGAUCAACUUCAACUUCUCUUUUGCUUCAUAUGAACGAAACUUCUCCAGAAUCACUUAAUAAAUUAUGUGUUGAAAUUAUUCGAGUACUUGAUGAUUCAUCGGAUACCUCCUUGAAAGUGGCAGCAAUUUCUGCUUUAGAAGUUGUAGCUGAAAUAUUUCCUUCGAAUAAUUCCAUUUUUAGUCUGUGCCUUCAAUCUGUUGCAAGAUAUAUUGCAUCUCAUAACUUGGCUGUGACUUCUAGCUGCCUCAGAGCAACUGCUGCCCUGAUAAAUGUUCUAGGUCCAAAGGCACUGGCAGAACUUCCCAAGAUUAUGGACAAUGUGAUGAAGUCAUUUCGUCGAGUAUUGUCUAAUUUGGAUAUGAAACCCAAAAACAGUGAUGUUUUAUCAGCCUCAAUGGAAUCCUAUUUUUAUCUCCUCAUAACUUUGGAGGCAGUUGUGGACAAGCUUGGUGGAUUUUUAAAUCCGUACCUUGAAAAUAUCAUGGAGAUUCUGGUGCUUUAUCCUGAACUUCUUUCAGGAAUGCAUGCAAAGGUGGAAUCUAGAGCUCAUGGAGUACGAAAGCUUUUUGCUGAAAGAAUUCCUGUUCGACUUGCACUGCCACCUUUCUUAAAAUUAUACCCGGCUGCCAUUAAGGCUGGGGAUAAAAGCUUAACAAUUGUCUUUGAUAUGUUGGGAAUCAUAAUUGGUACAAUGGACAGAUCGUCCAUUGUGGCAUUUCAUGGGAAGGUAUUUGACUUUUGUUUGGUUGCUCUUGAUCUUCGCCGGCAAAGUCCUCCUUCAAUUCAAAACAUUGAUUUAGUUGAGAAAGGUGUGCUUAAUACAUUGACUCUUCUGACCCUAAAACUUACGGAGAGCAUGUUCAAGCCUCUUCUCAUAAAGAGUAUAGAGUGGGUAGAAUCUGAAGUGGAUGGAACUUCAAGUACAGGAAGCAUAGAUAGGGCCAUAUCUUUCUAUGGCAUGGUAAAUAAGCUUACAGAGAACCAUCGGUCAUUGUUUGUUCCUUACUUCAAACACUUGCUUGGUGGAUGUGUUCAUCAUCUUAGUGGUGAUGUGAAAGUGUCUACUGGGAAUCAGAAGAAAAGGGCCAAGAUUGUGGAUGAUGGCAAUAUAAAAGAAACAGGCAGCGUCUCCAUCAAGGUUUGGCAUCUCAGGGCACUAGUCUUGUCAUCUUUACACAAGUGUUUCCUGUAUGACACUGGGACCUUGAAGUUUCUGGACUCCUCAAAUUUCCAGAUGUUGUUGAGACCUAUUGUUUCACAACUUGUUAUAGAUCCACCGACUUUGUUGGAUGACAGCAUGAAUAUACCAAGUGUGAAGGACGUUGAUGACCUAGUGGUUUCGUGCAUCGGUCAAAUGGCAGUGACUGCUGGAUCUGACCUUUUGUGGAAGCCUUUGAACCAUGAGGUUUUAAUGCAGACACGGAGUGAUAAGAUGCGAGCUAAAAUGUUGGGCCUAAGAAUUGUUAAGUAUUUUGUGCAGAACUUGAAAGAAGAAUACCUAGUUUUAUUGGCCGAAACGAUCCCCUUCCUUGGUGAACUACUUGAGGACGUGGAGAUUUCAGUUAAAUCUCUUGCGCAGGAUAUUCUCCAGGAAAUGGAGUCUCUGAGUGGGGAAAGCCUUCGGCAAUACCUAUGAUGUAGAUUAGAUACGCAGUUUCCAAGGGUGUUAUGACAUGUGUAAUCAAAUCAUGAAUCCGAUACAUAGCCCCUGUAAAUUUUGGUUAUUUAAGCAAAGUUACCAUUAAUUUUUUCUGAUAAAGGUAAAAGUUCAAUUUUUAAACUCUCAAUUAUUUAAAGCAUAUUGCUCUUAGGAGUAUUUGUAAUACCGAGAGGGGGAAAUGUAUUAAAUUGAUUCGUUUUUAUUCAAUAUCGAGUUUCGUUCCCCAGUCGAAUGUAAUUUGAGACUCUUACAGUUCUUUUUUACACAAGUCUAAUAUUUUGUAACUCGUUGAUUUAAACUUUAGCAUUUCA